AUGGGUCGCCUGGCCAGUCUCAAAUCCCCUAAUCCGGCUGCAAUAAGACGGCCACAACCCAUUGGCCGGCCACAACCAGCCAAGCCGACUACUCACCCGAAGACUUCUACAUGCCCUAACCCUGGUUGUCCCGCACCUCAUAUUGUCGAGGAUGACGGGCAGAAGGUUUGUUCUGGGUGUGGUACGGUCAUCAGCGAGGCAAAUAUUGUCUCCGAAGUGACUUUCGGUGAGACAUCGUCUGGUGCUGCAAUUGUUCAAGGUACAUUUGUCGGAGAAGAUCAGACUCAUGUCCGCAGUUAUGGACCCGGCUUUCAGCGUGGAGGUGGUGCGGAAAGCCGAGAGAUUACUGAGCAAAAUGGUAAUCGAUAUAUCAAUCAGCUAGCCCGUGCUCUGAACAUCCCGGAGAGUGCUUCGAAGGCUGCUGGUCAGGUUUUCAAGCUCGCAGUUGGUUUGAACUUCAUUCAAGGUCGUCGAACAAAAACAGUGGCCGCGGUCUGUCUCUACAUCGCCUGUCGCCGGCAAGACGGCAAUACCGUAAUGCUCAUUGAUUUUGCGGAUGUUCUCAUGAUCAAUGUGUUCAAGCUAGGCCGAACGUAUAAAGCUUUGCUGGAAGAGCUACGUCUAGGUGGUAAUGUAUUUCUGAUGAAUCCGAUCGACCCGGAGAGUUUGAUUUAUAGGUUCGCCAAACAGCUGGAAUUUGGAGCUGCCACAAUGCAGGUAGCCAGCGAAGCUGUGCGUAUCGUGCAACGAAUGAAUCGCGACUGGAUGACCACCGGUCGACGUCCUGCCGGUAUUUGUGGUGCUGCCUUAAUUCUUGCGGCACGAAUGAACAACUUCCGGCGCACGGUCCGUGAGGUUGUAUACGUCGUCAAAGUAACUGAAAUCACCAUCAGCCAACGUCUCAAUGAAUUUGGUGCAACGGAAAGUGGAGAAUUGACAGUCGAUCAAUUCCGCUCGGUGCAGCUGGAGAAUGCCCAUGAUCCGCCCUCUUUCACUAGGGCAAGAGAAGGAAGGAAACCGUCGCGGAGUUUCAAACGAAGACCUACGGAAACCGCAGCGGAUAUUGAGGGAGAUCUUACUGAUGCCGCUACAACGCCCUCGAACAUCGCUCCCCAGCAGCAGAAGCGCGUUGAUGCGGAUGGCUUUGCUAUUCCUAGCCUUCCUAUCGAUCCGGCCUUGAUAGCAGCAGAUGGCGAGAGACGAAUGUCAACAACGUCCGUCGAGAGCGAAAUUGCACCAGAAGUUGGCGAAAACCCGGGCAAACCGGCUAGGGGCCGCCCUAAAGGCUCCAAGGCACGACCUCUGCCAACUCCGACCCCCGAUCAGAUCGCCUCAGAGGAAGCCCUUGAAAAUGAGAUGACCGCCUAUCUGACAAAGGGCUCCAAUAUGAUCGAGAGCACCACGGUGCCAAGGAAAGCUGUGUCCGAGAGCGCUGAAAUCGAUGAGGCGGAGUUUGAAUCAGACCCUGAGGUCUCUAACUGUUUACUGUCCCCAGCCGAGGUCGAGAUCAAGGAGCGGAUUUGGGUGCACGAAAACAAAGACUAUCUGCGGACACAGCAGGCCAAGGCUUUGAAACGGGCGUUGGAAGAGGCUGACUCACAGCCCGGAAUGCAUAAACCACGCAAGCGUCGUCGCGGUAGGUUAGGUGAUGUCACGUACCUGCAGGGCGACGGCGAAGACGGUGAUGGAAGAAGCACACGGGCUUCUACUCCAGCAGAAGCAACCCGUCGAAUGCUGGAACGAAGGGGAUUCAGUAAGAAGAUUAACUAUCGUUUGUUGGAGUCACUGUUCGGCGAAGAGGGGGCAGAUGAGGCCGCCAAGGCAGAAGGAGAGAGAAUGAGCCGCAGUCAGAGUGUGGCAUCGCGGCGUAGCGUCAGUGUUGAACCAGAGGGCAUCUCGAGACGUGCUAGACUAGCGACCCCAUCAACUCGCGCUAACGCCCCUGGCUCCCCAGCCCCAACGUCUGUUCCCGCGCGUAGUGUCACUGAACAUACUCAGCAAACCGGUGUCACAACGGAUAAAGCUGGUCAGGCGGACGCUAAGGAAAAUGCCGCAGAGCCGGCCACCGAUGACAAGAACGGCUAUUCGGAUGAGGAACCAGAUGAUGAGUACGACGAUGAUGAAGACCCCGAUGGUGUGGAGGCUGCUUUUGCUGGACAGUACGAUUACUAUGACGAAGGAAGCGACUACUAUGACAGUGAUUAG